AUGGACAUGAACGUGAGCGGCCCGGACAACGCCACGAUCCUCAUGCUGCGGGACCCGACCAUCGCCGUGGUCCUGCCCGUGGUCUACUCGCUGGUGGCGCUGGUCAGCAUCCCCGGAAACCUGUUCUCGCUCUGGGUGCUGUGCUGCCACAUCGGGCCCACGUCCCCGUCCGUCAUCUUCAUGAUCAACCUGAGCGUCACGGACCUGAUGCUGGCCAGCGUGCUGCCCUUCCAGAUUUACUAUCACUGCAACGGCAACCACUGGGUGUUCGGCGAGCUGCUGUGCAACGCCGUCACCGUGGCCUUCUACGCCAACAUGUACUCGUCCAUCCUGACCAUGACGUGCAUCAGCGUGGAGCGCUUCCUGGGCGUGGUGUACCCGCUGGCGUCCGCGCGCUGGCGCCGGCGCCGCUACGCCGUGGCCGCGUGCGCCGGGCUGUGGCUGCUGCUGCUGGCCGCCCUGUCCCCGCUGGCGCGCACCGACCUCACCUACACCGUCGAGGCGCUGGGCAUCGUCACCUGCUUCGACGUGCUCAAGUCCACCAUGCUGCCCAGCGUGGCCAUGUGGGCCAUGUUCCUCUUCACGCUGUUCAUCGUGCUGUUCCUCAUCCCCUUCCUGGUCACCGUGGCCUGCUACACGGCCACCAUCCUCACGCUGCUGCGCGCCCGCGAGCCGCACAGCCGGGGGCAGCGGCGCCGCGCGGUGGCGCUGGCCGCCGUGGUGCUGCUGGCCUUCGUCACCUGCUUCGCGCCCAACAACUUCGUGCUGCUGGUGCACGUGGUCAACCGCCUGUUCCUGGGCAGGACCUACUACCACGUGUACAAGCUGACCCUGUGCCUCAGCUGUCUCAACAACUGCCUGGACCCCUUCGUGUACUACUUCGCGUCCCGCGAGUUCCAGCUGCGCCUGCGGCGCUACUUGGGCUACGGGCGCCUCCCCGCCGGCUGCCGCCACGCGCGCUCGGACAGCGUGUUCUCCGCCCGGACGCUGUCGGCGCGCUCCAUGUCCAGCGGCCACGAGGGGCUGGAGGAGGCAGGGAGGCCCUCGCUCAGGAGGCAGGAGAGCGUGUUCUGA